AUGUACGGAAGCUGCCUUUUGGAGAAAGAAGCGGGCAUGUACCCGGGCACUCUCAGGAGCCCUGGAGGAGACAGCAACGCGGGGGUGGGUCACUCUGGGAGCGGUGGGAGUCCGCUGCCAGCCCCCAACUUCGCUGCGACCCCGACUUAUUCACAUUAUAUGAGCUAUCCUCAUGUGGCCAGCAUGGAUCCUCACGGUCCAUCGCUGGGGGCCUGGAGCUCACCCUACAGUCCCCCCCGGGAAGACUGGAGUGUGUAUCCAGGGCCGUCCAGUGCAAUGGGCACAGUGCCCAUGAACGAUGUGACACAGAGUCCUGCGGCUUUUGGUUCACCCGAUUACAGCAACCUGGGUCCCUCGGGCGGCGGCGGAAACAGCAGCAAUAGCUUGCCAACCCCCGCCAGUGGGUCACUGAUCUCCAUCGACCCAGUGACCGCAGACGCCACUUCUCCCAGUAGGAGCCGCCACAGUCCUUAUGCAUGGAUGCGCAAAAGCGUGCAGGUGACCGGGAAAACCAGAACAAAAGAAAAAUACCGUGUGGUUUACACAGAUCAUCAAAGGCUGGAGCUGGAAAAGGAAUUCCACUGCAAUAGAUACAUCACUAUCCGGAGAAAAUCAGAGCUGGCAGUUAACCUGGGACUUUCUGAGAGACAGGUGAAAAUCUGGUUUCAGAACCGGCGAGCCAAGGAGAGAAAGAUGAUCAAAAAGAAAAUCUCCCAGUUUGAGAACAACGGAGGCUCAGUGCAAAGUGACUCUGGCUCCAUCAGCCCUGGGGAAUUGCCUAAUGCUUUUUUCACCACUCCAUCUGCUGUCCGUGGAUUUCAACCUAUUGAGAUACAACAGGUCAUAGUGUCUGAAUGA